CGCAGUUUAAAACCUUUCUAACUUGACUGUGGUGGUGUUUGUGCGGGUGCUGGACGCGGUGGAUAGCAGUCAGAUAGAAAUCUAUAAAGAUGGCCUCGGCAACAGCAACCUACGGGCAGAAGGAGUCUUCGGACCAAAACUUUGACUAUAUGUUCAAGAUCCUCAUCAUCGGAAACAGCAGCGUGGGCAAAACCUCCUUCUUGUUCCGCUACGCCGAUGAUUCCUUCACACCGGCCUUUGUCAGCACCGUGGGCAUCGACUUCAAGGUGAAGACGAUCUACAGGAACGACAAGAGGAUCAAAUUACAGAUCUGGGACACGGCGGGUCAGGAGCGUUACCGCACCAUCACCACGGCUUACUACCGAGGAGCCAUGGGCUUCAUCCUCAUGUACGACAUCACCAACGAGGAGUCCUUCAACGCCGUCCAGGACUGGUCCACUCAGAUUAAGACGUACUCGUGGGACAACGCUCAGGUGUUGCUGGUAGGAAACAAAUGUGACAUGGAGGACGAACGAGUGGUGGGCGGAGAUAGAGGCCGGCAGCUGUCGGAACACCUCGGUUUUGAGUUCUUCGAGGCCAGUGCCAAGGACAACAUCAAUGUGAAGCAGACCUUCGAGCGCCUGGUCGACAUCAUCUGUGAAAAGAUGUCUGAGAGCCUGGACGCCGGAGAUCCCGCUGUCACAGGGGCCAAACAGGGGCCCCAGCUGACAGAGCAGCCCGCUCCACCUCACCAGGACUGUGCAUGUUAAAGCUGACUACUCCCUCCUCCCUCCUCCUCCUCUUCCUCCUUCUUCUACUUCUCCCUCAACUGGAUCCCAGGCCCCGGGUCUAUUCUCCAUCACCCUUUUCACUUACUUUCCUGCUUCUCUCUGUAUGUCAGUAAGGAUCGUUGGCUCCUAGUCACAAGAAUCAGGUUGAAAAAUGUCUGAAACGCUCUGAGGUUCUCGUGGACCAGUGCUUGAGGUGUGUUUGCUUCUGGUUCCUCCGCAUACAGGAGCUAAAAGGUGUUGGGGCUUAUUUUGGAUCAGUGCUGAACCAGGCUGAUAACAAAGCAAGUUCAGUUAAACCAAAGUGUUUCAGACUCUUUGCAACCUGUGUUCUUUCAGUUUCCAGACCUGUUUUCCGUUGUCCCUCUGCUCCUCAGUGUGGUUUAACAAGAAGGAUUUGACGGCGUCCGUCCUCAGAGUGCCAUUUAAAUCCUUCCCAUGUUUACAGUACUUCGUUUCACGUCAGUCAAAUGUUUUGAGAAAUGUCAGCCUUGGGGACCAAUGAGGUCACAGUCGAGUUACCUAUAUGUUAGAGGGAUGAUUCAGCUGAAAGCUGCUCCAUACCAACGUGUUAUAUUUCUUAUAUGAUUCUGAAUGCAUAUGGAAUCAUAUAUACAUGGAUCUGUGUUACUUUUUUCCUCACCUUGUAUCUCAACAUGGAUGCUGCAGGUAUUAGGAAGAGUAGUGUUUAGCUCCAUCUGGCCUUUUAUUUUUAUUUUUUUUUUACAUUUCUUCAGCAAACUUUUUUUGUAUUCUGAUGCCCCGUUUAUUAUUUUAAAAUAUGAACAAGAUAUAGCUAGGUCAAAAUAGUAAAACAUGAAGACACAUUUUAUUUAAUUAUAUUUAUUUCAAAUGUACAUAUUAAUGUUGUGCAAUAUAUAUAUAUAAAUAUAUAAUAUCUACAGGUAUGCAUUUCUGAAAAUGAAUUUUAAAAGGAAUGAACUUCAAUGAGGAUAGUAUCAAAUAUAAAAAAGGUAUAUGUUGUAGGGUUUGUUUGAAAGAUGUGUGUGGAUUGUGUCCUUUCCCUGUCGGUUUGAUCUCAUGCUGCUCCCCAGGGAGGUUGCAAAGUCAGAAACUCAAACUUCCUUCUGAGCAAAAUGUAGUGGAGCGGCGCUUUGAGUGUGAAUUACAAGUCACACAUUAACUAACAUGUUUAUCAUCCUCCAAAUCCACUUCAGUGGGAUUUUCAGCCCUGCUGCUGAGGAAGAGUAACAUCUUAGCAAGGCUCUAAUAUUAGAGGAGGGAGCCGUGUGGAGAAACGUUUUGUUGCAAUCAUUAAUGUAUUUAUGGGCCAGACUUGGUGAAGGUGACAUCAGGAGUCGUGAGUCUCCUAAAAACUGGCAAAGGCAAGUGUUGUUGCAAAUGUUUUGAUUUGACUGUUCCUGAUGUCACAGAUAAUAUAAAGAUUUAAGGGCCUCACCCUUCACUGGGACACAGCUCACUUGUGCUUGCUAACAAUGCUACAUGCUGCUACAUAUGUGAAAGAAAAUAUCCUGGAUCUGAUCCGGAGCAGCACCAAAAAUGAAAUGGGUUCUUCCCUGACCCAUAUUGCAUCCUUCCUUUAAGUUCCGUGGAAAUCUGUUCUGUAAUUUUGUGUAAUGCUGCUAAAUAAAUAAAUCAAACAGACACCAAUGAAAAUAUAACCUUCUUGGUGGAAGUAAUUAUUCACACUUGAACGGAGCAAGGGGGACUAUUAUCAGACAUUUUAAUGUUUUCUAAAACGUACUGAAAUGGGUUUGGAGGAUAUAAACAAUGUUGUUAUAUUGGGUAAUGUUUAGGGUAUUUUGCCUUUUAUGUAACAGUUUGAUCCCAGGGAGCGAAAGAAAACACCCAGAGAGAAUAAGCUGGCACGUGAUAAACAAAGUCACCAGAACUGAGUUGGCUGUUCCACAAAUAUUAGCCCAUUCAGCCACUGGGAUGUGCAGGCUUGGUUUCAACAUCACUGAAUCUGCCACAACGAUGGCAGUUUCUGUCUAAAUGUACCAGAACCAGAUCAAAAUCACUUUUAUGAACAACUCCAGUUAACUUGUCCCCCUGAUGCUGAGACCUCAAGAUCUCGGAGAGCAAAAAUUAAACUGACGGCACAAACUUACUGUCGCAUAAAUUACAAACAUCAGUCUAGAUCCAGAAUGACAGGCGGGAUUUCACAUACACGGCACCUGUUUGGAUUUUGAAUCUUAAUUUGCACCGAAUGGAUUCAGGCCUGUUGUACGUUUGCAGUUCAGGUUUCGCUCAUGUUCACUUACAUGUUCUUGAGGGCAAUUGAGAGACAUCAUAUUAUCUCUGGACAUUAGAGAAAUUUGUCAAACUAAAUGAUAGUCAGACGUCUCCAGGAUCAGUAUUACAGAGCAGCUACAUUAGAUACUGGCGGCCUCUUUGUGUGGACCUGCGUUUACUCGUCUGUUUGUGUGUAAUGUUAUCUCCAGGCGAAUGAUGGACGCCACUGGAGGCUGCACGUUCACAGACCAGACAGCUGCUGAGUUUCUACCACUUUGUUCUGAGUCCUCACAGGAGUAAAAUAUUCUGUCGACACUCUGGAUGCAGAUUUCCCUCCUUGCCCUCAGAAAUUAACAGGAGGAAUUUGCACACUUGUUUUAUUACAGUUUCCAACAGUUCAAACUGGAUUCCCAGGGUAUUCCUGCAUUCCCCUUUCACCAAAGAUCCCUGUCGAAGCAGCUCACCGUUGUUGCAGUAGAAUACCAGAAUGAGAUGCGGGAUCCGGGUUUAAACGUUUAGAUGGUAAUAAAACAACAAAAGUGCUGUUUGGUGGAAAUACAAGAACUCGUUUAGAAAUCAUUUUCUGUUAUUGUUACUCGCGGCUUGCUGGUGUGCAGUGCAAUUUUGAAUUAGAAUUUUGUUUUGCAGUAACAACGAUGAUAAAUGAGGCAUUAAUACCAAUGGACUGAUACUCUGGAAGUCAUAAUUAUGGUCAAGCUUAAAUCUGAAUCAGAAAAGUCUAACUGAUGUGAGGUGCAAUUGUCAAGUGGAGCAUAAAAUAAACCUGGAACCACAGAAGGAUAUUAAAGUGUGAGAAAUGAGGCCCCAGACAAAGUAAUGAUUCGAUAGUCAAAUGUGAUUGUUUGAAAAUUUACAACCCUGGGAAAUUAUUUUUCAGAUUUUAAUUUUUUUCCCCUGCUUAUAUUUUUCUUCUUACUGGUUGUGACUGUUUCUUUCCCGGUAAAAUCCAAACUUUUCAACUCUUCUCCUAUCUAAUAUGUCUUCCUCUCUAUAUACACCAGAUCUGUAAAUAUUGUACCUUUGAGUCAUAUGUGUGGAUUGUGUUGUAUCAACUCAGGCUUGCAACAUCUACAAAAAAAAAGGAGAGUAAAAAAAAAGUCAGUAAAAAACCUCGAAGCCCCCAAAAGAGCCAUGUUGUACUGUAUCUGCAUUCAUUUCUAUAGGCCUGCUUGUGAAUGAAUGUGUCACUCGGUUACGAAGCAAUACACACACUCUACAGUGUCUGCACUAAAAGAAAUGCCACCCAGCUUGGUAGAGGUUGCCGACGUUAGAUCUUCUACUAGCACGCAGAAACAUAGAACUUUAUUUGGUCUGGUAUCACUGCCUCUUCAAAUCCUCCUCGGUUUGGGCCGUUAAGAUGAGAGAAUCUGCUGUGGAUGUUUUUAUCUGUACUUUGUGGUAAAACAAUAAAAAAAAAAGUUGCUAACAAUCA